GUGAUGAUCACAUGACUCCCGAGUGUGCACUGUGCUGCAGAAUCUUUCAAAAAGUCCUGGCAGCAUGGAGAUAUCUGAACCCUCCCGCAGUGUCACCCUUAACAAUGGAGUAAUUAUGCCCCUUGUGGGUCUAGGAACUUUCCGUCUCCGUGGAUAUCAAAAUCUCUUUCCGGUUGUGGAUGCUGCCCUGGCUUGCGGUUACCGUUCUUUUGACACUGCCGCCGUCUAUCGCAAUGAAGCAGAUCUGGGCCGUGCUUUAAAAGAACUUCUUCCCCGUCACAAACUAAGUCGUUCAGACAUCUUCAUUACCAGCAAGUUGGCACCUACUGACUUGGGCAAGGGGGCACGGGAGGCCUGUCUACGGAGUUUAGCAGAAUUAGGUUGCGAAUACCUAGAUCUUUAUUUAAUACAUUGGCCUGGCAAACAGGGAUGCCGUAGCGAAGAUACUCGUAAUGUUCAGGCUAGAGCUGAAAGCUGGAAAGCUAUGGAGGAUCUCUAUCAGGAAGGCUUGAUCAAGGCAUUGGGGGUAUCUAACUACACCGAGACACACUUGACACAAUUGCUGUCAUCGUGCAAAGUCCCUCCAGCUGUGUUACAAGUAGAGUUCCACCCACGGCUGCCGCAAACCUCUCUCCUACGCUGGUGUAAGGAACACAAGGUCCAUCUGCAGGCCUACUCUUCUCUAGGCUGUGGGGCUUUGUUGACAAGGGAGGAGGUAAAAAAGGUGGCAAACGCCCAUGGGUGCACACCGUCCCAGGUGUUGCUUAAUUGGGCCCUUGUGCAAGGUGUUGGCGUCAUCCCCAAGACUUCCAGUCCAGAGAGGUUGAAAGAGAACUUCAGAGUGUGGGACUUCCAGCUGAGUAAGGAAGAGAUACUGGAAUUAAUGAGCGAUGGCAAAGAGGAGAGAUAUUGUUGGGAUCCUACAGGAGUGGCUUAAAGGGACAGUCUACACCAAAAUUUUUCUUAUUUAAAAAGAUAGACAAUCCCUUUAUUACCCAUUCCCCAGUUUUGCAAAACCAACACAGUUAUAUUAAUACACUUUUUACCUCUGUGAUUACCUUGUAUCUAAGCCUUUGCAGACAGCCUCCUUAUCUAAGUGCCUUUGACUGACAUGCAGUGUAGUCAAUCAGUGAAGACUCCUAAAUAACUUCACGGGAGUGAGCACAAUGUUAUCUAUAUGACACAUGUGAACUAGCACAGUCUAACUGUGAACUUUCAAAAUGCUCUGAGCUAGGAGGCGGUUUUCAACUGUUUAGAAAUCAGUUUGAGCCUAGCUAGGUUUAGCUUUUCAAAAAUACCACCAAGGGAAAAAAGCAAAUUUGAUGAUAAAAGUAAAUUGGAAAGUUGUUUAAAAUUGCAUGCCCUAUCUGAAUCAUGAAAGUUUAGUUUUGACUAGACUGUCCCUUUAAAGGGGAAGUACAGUCAGAGCAAGCCAUUACUUUAUCAAUUUUCUUUAUUCUUUUGGUAUCAUUUGUUGAACAGAAUACCUAGGUAGGCUCAGGAUCUGUGAUGCACUGCUGGGCACUAGCGGAACACAGUUGAACCAAUUACAAGAGGCUCGUGUGUAGUCUGAGCCUACCUGGGUUUGCUCUUCAACAAUGGAUACCAAAAGAACAAAGCACAUUUGCUAAUAGAAGUAAAAGUUAUUUAAAAGUGCAUGUUCUGCUCUGACGCGUGAAUGUUUAUUUUUUAAUUUACUGCCCCUUUUAAAGGGAAAUUAAAGUCAGGUUUUAUAUUUCACUAAUGCAUCCUGCAUGGUUUAAUUUAAACUAAAUCUGUUGUUUUGUAAACAAAAUACUUCCUACCUUUUUAUGUCAGCACUGUGGCCCCAGGAGCAAACCUAGAGUUGUUAUUGAAGGAGGCACACACAGAUUAGACUGGGGAUGCACAUUCUGCCUUCUGUAUACCCGCACCAGCAUAUACACAGCACUUAUAGGGACAUUGUGCUGAUUAGGGGCGGGGUCUGCUCUCAAUCAGCACUGUGUGAAGUUUAACCUGUUUGCGGAAGUUAAACACAAAGUAGAGCUAGGUCGAUAGUCGUUAAAUUACACUCUCUAACAGAUUAGAUUUUCGACUGUUAUGGUCCUUUGAAUAAAAGCUGAUUAAAGGUAACUUGAUACUAA